CCUCAAACUUCAUAUGUAACUAGUUUUGUCCUACAAGUACUAGAAUAGCAUUUUAUAAUUUUGGAAGGAUGCAUCUUUCAAUUCUUAAACAGAAAGAGCUUAAAGACUUUGCUGUAAAUCACACUGAAUAUGGUGACCAGACUAAGUGACCUACAAAAGGAACAAAAUUCAACCCCAAAGAGAUAUCUGCGAGAAUUUGCAGGUAGAUAUCUGCAGUUUUCUAGACAAACGACUUAAAGCACUCUCCAAUUCCAAGCAAGAACUAUAAACUUGCAGCUUUUCAGCAUGGAAGUCUAAUAAAUCAAACUAUGGCUGUGAGCUACAUGUUCACCAUUCCAAAUAUUAACCAUUCACAGCCAGUGUCUGGGCUGUGUCCAUUGAAGAGAAAGGACUGAGGAUAUCAUUUGCUAUUUGUACAGAUUGAGUGUAAAUUGGUUGUUGUUAUGAAUCAUUAUGUUUCAGUUGUUUCAGUACCAUGAGAGUGAUUUUGUUGUAAGCACAGAGCCUUGGGAUGACAGCAAACCACAUUGCAGUAAGUUUGACGAGGAAGUGCAGUUACGCUGGGAUCAGGCAAUGGAAGAUGGCCAUUUUAGAUACAGGUUAGACAACAUUGAACGACGAGUGCUUGAGGGAGAGAAACAUUACGUGGUUGAGCUGAACGAGAAGAGGGCCAAAGAAAGACGGAGACCGCAGCCUGUGAAGAGUGUACAAGAGCCAUUUAAUCCCAAUGUCUUCAAUUUCAACAAGAUUAAACCUGAGGAAAUACUUUUCUCAAUUCAUAAACAUGAAAGCCAAAGUGAUGUCAAUGCAUGUUCUUUGGGAAAAGAUGAUAAGGUUGACGGAAAAGUUACAGAGAAGGGAGAGAGGAGCCUGGUUGUGAUCAAUGUUAGUCCCCUAGGUUAUGGCCAUGUCUUGCUGGUACCAAACGUGGAAGCUUGUUUACCUCAGGUAUUGACGGAGUCCGCGAUCAAGUUAGCCUUGGAGGCCAUGUUACUGAGCGCCCAUAGAGGUUUCCGCAUUGGAUUUAACAGUUUGUGUGCGCUUGCAUCCGUCAAUCAUCUUCAUUUCCAUGCGUACUACUUGGAUGAGGAAUUGUUCAUAGAGUACUGCAAAGUAGCAACAUUUUCAGGAAUUUGUUACGAGUUAAAGACUACGCCUGUAAGAGGGUUUGCUGUUCAGCUUUAUGGCUCUAAUGUGUCUAGAGUGGCCAGAGUGCUACAUUCCGUAUCGUCCUAUUUUACACGAGAGAAUAUUGCUCACAAUAUGUUCAUAUCGCGAGGAACAAGAUUUGGUGAGGGACGAGGAAGUAAGGAGAGGACCGUGAGAGUGAUCGUCUGGCCACGCACUUCUCAGUGUGGUGACACAACAGGGGGCUUGUUUAAUGCAGCGGCUGUGGAAUUGGCAGGCCACUUACCUAUAAAAGAAAGCGAGGGAUUCCAGGAGCUUGUGGAAGCUGAUGUAGAGAAAUCCUUGUCAGAGAUCAGUCUGUCACAUGAAGAAUUCCUGACUCUUAAACAGAAUCUCAAAGAAAUUAUAUAACUGUUUUCAUUAUAUAUUUAUUUUACGUAAUGUUCAGUUGUUUUUAAAAGUAUGCAAAUUUUAAGAUAGUAUUAGGAUUUUUGUGAUCUUUUGGUGAGGCAGGGAAUUUGAUUUAAAUGAAGUGUAGGGUUAUACUUGUAGUCAAACUUGGAGUAUUGAGUAUAUAUGUAUAUGUAUAUAUAGGUAUGAAAAUAAGAUUUUUAUGAUGUGGAGAAAUG